CGCCGCCGCCUCCUCCCGGCGCCCUCGUCCGGCGCCCGCCCCGGAACCCGGCGAGCGCGCGGGGGCGGGAGGUGAGCGCGCAGAGCCGGCGGGAGCCCCCGCCGCCCCCAGGCCCCCGGCCAUGUCGGCCGAGGAGAUGGUGCAGAUCCGCCUGGAGGACCGCUGCUACCCGGUGAGCAAGAGGAAGCUGAUCGAGCAGAGCGACUACUUCCGCGCCCUCUACCGCUCCGGCAUGCGCGAGGCCCUGAGCCCCGAGGCCGGCGGCCCCGAGGUGCAGCAGCUGCGCGGCCUCAGCGCCCCGGGCCUGCGCCUGGUGCUGGACUUCAUCAACGCCGGCGGGGCCCGCGAAGGCUGGCUCCUGGGCCCGCGCAGGGGGCAGGGCGGCGGGCUGGAGGAGGAGGAGGACGACAUGGACGAGGUGAGCCUGCUGUCCGAGCUGGUGGAGGCGGCCUCCUUCCUGCAGGUCACGUCCCUGCUGCAGCUGCUGCUGUCCCAGGUGCGGCUCAGCAACUGCAUGGAGCUGUACCGCCUGGCGCAGGUGUACGGGCUGCCCGACCUGCAGGAGGCCUGCCUGCGCUUCAUGGCCGUGCACUUCCACGAGGUGCUGUGCAAGCCCCAGUUCCACCUCCUGGGCUCUUCUCCUCAGGCCCCCGGGGAUGUCAACCUCAAGCAGAGCCUGAGAGAGGCCCGGAUGACAGGCACUCCUGUCCUCGUGGCGCUGGGGGAUUUCUUGGGGGGACCCCUGGCCCCUCACCCCUACCAAGGGGAGCCCCCGUCCAUGCUCAGGUAUGAGGAGAUGACUGAGCGCUGGUUCCCGCUGGCCAACAACCUUCCCCCCGACCUGGUGAAUGUCAGGGGGUACGGGUCCGCCAUCCUGGACAACUACCUCUUCAUAGUGGGCGGGUACCGCAUCACCAGCCAGGAGAUCUCCGCGGCGCAUUCCUACAACCCCAGCACCAACGAGUGGCUCCAGGUGGCCUCCAUGAACCAGAAGAGGUCUAACUUCAAACUUGUGGCUGUUAAUUCAAAACUCUAUGCCAUCGGUGGGCAGGCCGUUUCUAACGUUGAGUGUUACAACCCUGAACAGGAUGCCUGGAAUUUCGUGGCACCCUUACCAAACCCCCUGGCUGAGUUCUCUGCGUGUGAGUGUAAGGGGAAAAUUUAUGUCAUUGGAGGAUACACUACCAGAGACCGCAACAUGAGCAUCCUGCAGUACUGCCCCUCCGCCGACCUCUGGACGCUCUUCGAGACGUGCGCCGUGCACAUCCGCAAGCAGCAGAUGGUGUCGGUGGAGGAGACCAUCUACAUCGUGGGCGGCUGUCUGCACGAGCUGGGCCCGGGCCGCAGGGGCGGCCAGAGCGAGGACACGCUGGCCGUGCAGUCCUACAACACGGCCACGCGCCGGUGGCUCUGCCUCAAGGAGAACACGUCCAAGUCGGGCCUGAACCUGACGUGCGCGCUGCACAACGACGGGAUCUACAUCAUGAGCCGCGACGUGACGCUGUCCACCAGCCUGGAGCACCGCGUCUUCCUCAAGUACAACAUCUUCUCCGACAGCUGGGAGGCCUUCCGGCGCUUCCCCGCCUUCGGCCACAACCUGCUGGUCUCCUCCCUCUACCUGCCCAAGAAGGCAGAAACAUGACUGCGCUGACCUAGUGUCUUACAUGCUAAGUAUUUAAGAGAAACCUGGUUAAAAACCCGCCCCCCCCCCGCCCCCCAAAUCGUGUCCAAUUUCAAAAGAGACCAAUUUUUAAAGGGAAAAAAUGUGCAUUUUAGGCCACAUAUACAAAAGCUGUACAUAAGCUUACUUGAACUAAUUACUUGAAAACUUGUGGAGAAAAGAGACCAACUUGUUUAUUUUUUUAAUGCUUGAUUUUUAAAUUAUGGGAGCAAAUCCAUGGUAAUGUUUUCACACAGGCAGGAUACCCCUUGGGCCAGUGACUGAAACUGAUUCUCAAAAAAGAAGAUUCAUUGUGUCUGCUUAGUAAAGGGCCAAAGUCAAUAAUUCACAUGAAUGGUAAAGAUGAUUUUAAAGCCUGCUUUGUUUAGAUCACUUGAAAUAGUGAUACCUUAAGUGAGAAGGUUUUUUUUGUUUUUGUUUUUUUGGUUGUUAAUUUACUUGACAAACAUAUUAACACUAUCUUUCUCUUCUUUUCUCCCCCAGUCACACGCACAUGUACUUCCAAUGUGUUUAAAACAGGGUUCUACGUUCAUGUAUUUUAUUUACACACAGCUUUCCAGGAAAUGUGCACCAAUGGAACCCAGCAUUCCAGUCCUCCAAACCUGCAGAAAGACAUUCUCAGUCUUUUUUUCCCCAGUCUUUUUUCCCAGUUAUGUAUGAAUGCUGAGUAAAUAGGAAGGUAUUUCAUGUGUGUAACAGAUUGCAGAUUUAUGUGAUCAGAUGAGUUGCACUGCUAGGCAUUCUGUAUUGCUUAAGAGAGGAUAUAUUGUUCAAAAGGAUGGAUCUCUAUAUUUUUAAAAUUGAGUCUUACAUUUAAAUGGGAAGGGAAGGAAGCACCAAAUAAGGAAAAAGAAAUUGCCUUUAAGAGUUGACUUAUAUUGAAUGUAUUUGACUUAUUUCUUAUUUUAAGCAUGAAACGUAUUAUAUUUAGAUCAGGCACCUUUCUGAUUUAAUCUUGGUUUUUUAAAUUUAUGCUUUUAUGGGGUAAGGUCAGGACAGCUUUGACAUGUUUGUGCUGGUGACAGGGGAUGAGUCCCUUCCUGAGGCUGAAGUGGCAUUUGGUGAGAUUUCUGAAGUUCAGUGAGGUGCUCUACUUGCCUUGGUUGUUAAAUCAGGUAGAACCCAGCUCGAGCAGGUGUUUGUUUACAGCGAGUCAGUUGUCAGUGAAUAAAGUCUUCUGCCAAUCAUAGAUCAGCAUUUCCUGAAAGAUACGCAGGCAUAUCUCGGAGACAUUGCAGUCUGGGUCCAGACCACUGUGAUCAAACUGAUGAAGCAAGUUGUGAAUUUUCUGGUUUCCCAGUCAGUGCAUAUGAAGGAUACCCCAUCCUGUAGUCUGUUAAGUGUGCAACAAUAUUACGUCUUAAAAAAAACAAUGUACGUACCUUAAUUAAAAAAAAUACUUGAUUGCCAAAAAAAAAAAAAAAAGCUAACCAUCAUAUCUGAUAAGGCAAGAUUGCCGCAAAGCUUCAAUUUGUGAAAAAAAAAAAAAAAAAAAAAAAGAAGCAGUGUCUUUGAAGUGCAGUGCGGUGAAGCGCCACACAAUGAGGUGUGCCUGUGUCCACUCACGGAAGGAAAUUUCAUUUUGAUUGAAAAACACGUUCUGAAAUUUUCUGAUCUUUUUGCAGUGGAAUCAGUUUAAACCGUGAGCUGGGUCCCAUCUGUCUGUCCUGACAUUCCAGUUCCAGCAUGCCUCACUUUAAGAAAGUCCUAGAAAAACAAAAACUGUUACGCAAAUCCACGCACGCAGCAGACACUGGCCGAGUGCCGCCGGCAUGCAUUCUCCACGCACAUGUGGGACAGGGACAUCGAUGGCUUUACCAGUGCUUCAGUUUAUCCAACAAGUCACUACACGGUUUCUUUACAAUCGUGACCUCCUCAUGGAUUUAAAAUAAAGGUCUGGUUGUAAAAAUGCUAGUGGCACAGCUUUUCUAUUAGGUAAGAUGCGGUACGCCUUUAUUGUGGACAUGGAGACAGAUCUUUGUAGCUGUCACCAAAUAAUCUCACCAGUAUCACUGAUUUAACUUACAACACUAUUUAAGGGUUUCCAAGCCAUAUCCAUUUAUUCUCAAAUACUUAGUCUUCUUUCUUUUAAAAACUCAACUGAAAUCUUCCUGGGAAUGGUCCUUUAAUAAUAGAUUUAUAUUAAUUUAUAUUCACUAUAGAAUUGAAUUUCCAGUGACUUGUAAUUUCAUGACAUAUAUUUAAAAAUCUAAUUUAUUUUAGAUAGUGUUAACUUUUGUUGCUACAAAUCUUAGCGCCUUUAAGGCUUAACCUUAUAUAUUCGGCAGAUUCUAGUCAGUUAAAUUCGUUCUGGACAAACAAUUGGAGAUUAGCUGGUAAAUACCCACAUUAUAUAAAAUACAGUAUUGUUCCUGCCAACUAGCUCUCUUCCUGAUUGCAUUCUUGGAUCUGUUUUCCUAAUGCUGACAAUUAGUUUCUUGGGCCAAGUGAAGGCGUACUCCGAUCCACAAAGCUCUUUUUAUAAACCAGGUUAGAUGUGUGUACAUGUGCCUAUCUGUGUGUCUGUAUCUGGCAUAUUAAGCUCUCUCUAAGAUACACAGACUCCUAACAAGACAGUUUCUUGGGGCUGCCAGCAGUACUUAGGCUAAGUGGAAAGUGCAAUAAGGCAGAUCUGCGGAUUUGGGACCUGAUCCGUCCUGCUGGGCACAUCAGCUGUGUUGACAUUUUGAGGGUAAUUUUAAUUUGGCCCCCACCUCCCUGGUGCUGAUGUUAUACUGAAGACUCUGCCUGUGAUGAAGGCAACGUUGCUCUGAAAGGCUCCCUUUGUUUUCUCCUUCUCUAAAUGCUUUCUUCCUUUUUCUGAGGUGCUUCUGAGGGUGCUGACCUCCCACUGCGGGGAGGGGAGUUACUGGGAGGACCCCAGUGGUGACCACCCUGCACGGGGCAGCCCAUUUCACAUGGCAGGGUGAGUCCUGGUGUGAACUGUGGAGGGAAGUUGUUAGUUCCUCCUGUCAUUCUUCCUGGCUUUCUUUUCUGUACCCUUAGUUUCAGAGGCCUCUGAAAAGUUUUUCUGAUGACUGUGUAGGAGUUGAUUAUUUCAACAGUAUUUCUUAAAUCUUCAUAAUGAAGCACUGAGAAGGUUAUGGAUACUAGUAAGAAACAAGUAGAUGAAGAUUAAGCAUGAAUACCAAAGAGAAUUUAACCCUGACUUUUUUUUUUGAACCAAAAUCCUAAGUAAUUCCAAAUGCCUUAGAUAUCAAUUGAAGUUGUACUGAGAUGGACAAAGCUCUCUCUUUUCCAAGAGAGUAAUCAAAUGAAUGCCUGUUCUUGUUCCAUAAACCAUUACUUCUAGAGCAUGGUGGAUACUGUGUUCUCAGGUUUCCAGGUAAAGUCAUGACCCUACCUGUUUGGCUGCACAGGUAAAUCAAGCGGAAAGGCUUUGGCCUUCAUGGCCAACCAGCAAUGCAGAGCACUCGAGAGACAGUGUAGCAACAGGAGGGGAAUACGGGUGAGCUGUUGGAUGCCUUUCUCCUGGACCAGGGAUGGGGGAUGCGUAACAUCUGUGCCACCAUUCUUUCAAGGGGGCAUUGUGAAUGAGUGGCACUCCUUUCCCUCUGGCUGGGAAUUUGUCUCAGAGUCCAUGUCAUUAAUGCCUCCAAGCAUCCAUUACAGCCAUCAGUGAGAUGAGGUCUCUUUGUCAUCCCUGCCUUAGGCAGAGGAGUGAGUGAAUUAGGUGAGUAGACAUCACCCAAAAUGACUUUGAAAGCAGUGAGCUGAUUCAGGUUCCCAGAAAUACUUAUCAAAUGUCUAUCACGUGCAAGAAAGCACUAAGAAGCAGGGAUACAGACACAAGUAAGCCACCAUCCCUGACCUUGAAGAGCUCACCGCCUUGUGAGGUUUGCUGCGAUGAUAACUAGACGGUCCACCUGAAAGAUGCCCGCUUUUGUCAGCUCACUGGGGCUCCCUGGCCUUCCUGCCGCUUCAGUCCUGGCCCAGUCUGUCCACUACCUUAUGGUUUACUAACACUCAGCAUAAACCAGCUUUCCUCUAAAUUUGAACAUCCCAUGCUAUGGUUUUUGUUUUUGUUUUUCACAGUAUGCUUUUUUUUCCUCUCACUGCUUUCCAUAGUUUUCUCUGUACUUCAUUAUUCAGGAAAAGAUGGUAUGAAAUCUGCUUUAUUUAGAAGUACUUACUAGGCUCCACAGCCUAUGGACCUGUGGGCUUAGCCGCUUGAUCCCGUGAAAAGGAGGAGCAGAGCUUGGAAGGAAGUACCCGGAGAGAAGCAGGCUGUUCACAUGUGCAUUUAUACCUAUGCCUUUAAAACACUCCCAUAAAAAGUACUUUCAGAGAAAUGGACAUUAAGACACUAUCCCUGACAGAAAGUCAGUUGAUUUUGCCUUUGUGAUAACUAUCAAGGGGUAUGUUUCAUUCACAUAAGAGUAUUUUUUAUUUUCUGGUAUUAACUUAGGAACACGACAUAAAAUACACACCAGUUGACAGGCUGUGCACAGGCUGACUUCUGCACUUGACAUAACCACUUUUAUCCAUUCCUACAGAUUAAGUGUCAAUGAUGGUCAAUUUUGAGUUGCAAAAGGGUGCUGACAUGACUUUGGUAGGGUUGGCUGGUGCUUUGUCAAAUCAAUGUCCCAGUUUAUUACUAGUAAAGAAAAAAAAUGUAA